CGUUGAAUUCAUUACAGUCAAAAAGUCACCGGACAUUAUCGAUGCCCCAAAGGUAAAGCAAACGUCCAUUUAAAAAGGAAAAAAAAAAACAGAGGAAGGGGAAGAAAGCAAUGCUUCCAUUGAAGCUGGUUCGAUCUCUCGUCCUCGGCGAGACAUUCAAUCUCACCCACAAUUCCGACGUCUCCGACAGAGAUGGUGACGGUGACGGUGACGGCGACGGCGAUGGAGAUACUAAGAUCCGGCAAAUUCUGAGCUCGUCGAGACAAUCACGAACCAGGACGAGAUCCGACAAGAACACGGCAAAGACCAAGACUCCGUUUCUGUUCUUCGUCCCGACAAGGGAACUGAUUUCCGACACGUAUCGAUUGGCCACAAUCGCCAGAGAUCUGGGCAUGGAUUUGUACCCGACCCCUUCCCUCUCUCACAUCAUCCUCUCGUUUCCUCCGCCGGAAUCUUCAUCGCCGUCAACGUCGCUGAAUCCGCCGUCGUCUCACCCUUCGACGUGGUCCUCGACGUCGCUGUCAUCGUCUCUGUCUUGGUCACUCCCAAACGACGCCGUCAUGCUCUCGUUUCCUUCUCUCUCCGCCUCUUCUCUCUCUAACCUCCGGUCCUUCGUUUCUCUCUCCAAAGGGCUCUUCAAGGUCGUCUUCGCCGCCAUUGAUAAACCAUCCAUCGCCAGCCACUGGGAUUGCUGCUCUGUCUCUCUCUUCUCGAGAAUCACCGGCGAACAAAUCGGUUCCAUGGACGCGUUCUCGCGGGCUUUGGCGGGAAAAGGAUGGACCCUUUACAAAACGAAGGAGAACCCAUCGCCGGAUUCAGACCACACCGCCGGAAACUCGGCGUAUCUGUUCAGGAAAGUGUAUUCCGGUCGGAUUCCGACCAGAAGCCGAAACGGGUCGUGCAGAGUUAGGGAGCUGAGGCUUCCUCCGUUGGAUUUCAAAAACGCGCCGCUUCGGAUUCUGCAGUACUUGGUCUUGAUGUCCGACGAUGUCUUCGUUCUCGCUUAAAACCGAACACAUUAACACUUCAGUUCAGUUCAGUUCCUUCUCUGUCCUUUUUGCAGUGUACACAUCAUCUUAUCAACACAGAUCUAUCUUUUUACA